UUAAAAAAAAAGUAGUUUAACAAUCAUAAACUUUAUAUAUGCACCACUUUUCUUCAAAAUGCUACAAAGUGCUUCACAACAAAAAAUAGAAAUAAAUCAUGAAAAUACUGCCAACAGACAUGAGAACAAAAACAAUAAACAUCUCUGGUCAAAUAUGAAGUCAAUGAAAUAUUCAUUUUCUUAAAUGAAGAAAAGUUUAUUAGAGCAUUUUGACUACUGAGUCACAAUAAACACCAGCAGGUGGGGCUGUUGGAUUUUUAUUAUGAUUGUUGUUUUUCUUGUGUUGGUGUUGUUGUUGUUGUUGUUAUUAGUAUUAUAUAUGGGUCCAAAAGGGACUAUCAGAUGAAAAUCAUUAAACAAAUAUACAUUUGCAUUAAAAAUGAAGCAGUAAAUACUGAUGUAAUAGAAGCACAUAAAAAUGAAAUGUAUGAAUGAAUAAAUAAAUAAAUAAAUAAAAAAUACCAAGAUAAAUGAUCAUUUAUUUAUAUUAACUGCAAAGUUUAUUAUUUAGUUGCAAAUGUAGGUUGUGUUUUAUUCAUUGUGUUAAUUUAUUUACUCAAUUUUAUUUUGUUUAUUUUUGAGUGUGUUAUGCAGUAUAUUAGUUAUAUUUGAGUCACAACAGGAUGUCUGAAAAUAAAAAUUAUGACAAUUUCAUAAUUUUCUUGGAAGUUUACAUGCUAUCAAUGUUGAGAAAACGUUGUUUAGCUUUAGUGAGUAUGUUUUUAAAUAUAUUUGUUAUGUUAAAUGUUAUGUUGUCCAUAUAGCUUCCUUAUUUUGAGUAUGUGAUGCAGAUUUGAUUUGAUAUUGUAAAUUUAAAAAAGUGAUUAUUAUAUUUAAUUACAGUAUUUCUAUAUAUUACUCCUCUCAGUGUGCUGUCGAGUUUAUUAGUUUUGUUUGAGCCUCGGCAGGAUGUCUGAGGGUAAAAAGUUUUUUUUUUUUAAUUAAUUCAACUUAAUGCAGUUGUUACAUUCAAGUCAGGGUGCAUUCAAUCAACAUCAGUACAGUGUAUUAUUAUUGUCUGUUGUACUGCUCAUACAGCAUUCUAACAAGUAUGAUAUAAAAUCAAAAAAAGAGAAGAAAGCAGAACAGACAGAACAACCAACAAGAGGCACAUAUAUAACAAUGGACAAAGAACUCGUAAAGCAGCAACAAAUCAAGGCAAAUUAAAAAAAGCAAGGACUUACAGAUACAGGUAUACAUUUUGUUUGCUUUUUAGUUCUUGUGAACCAGACAUUUCGGUGAUUUAAAGUAGCUGGUGAAGCUAUUUAUGAACCCAGUGAAUGAUGGAAUACAACCUUUCCAAAAGUGUCCUGCUGAGAUUUCCCUGGAAGUUUACGGAAGUGGCGGAGUGUCCUCUGCGCCGCAGAGCUGCGCAGUCGCGGACUGGGUGUAGUCUGGACCCCCGUCUUUUCCUGCCGGAGUUUGUUGCAUGGCGGCGGCGGAGGACACAAAGAACUGAGGCCGAGCGCAGAUCGUCACACAGCAGCAGCAGCACAGCCGGGAGAAGAGCUGCGGACGCGGCCUGGAACGAACGAACCGCCGCUGCUGAGAUUUCCCGCAUGUUUCACUGGGAGUUGGGCCAAUCUGCCGCUAACUGGAGAGUUGCCGCAAACUUCGGACGAGUUGACGGAGCGUUCGAGUCGGAGUUUUCAGGGCUGAAAAAAUGCCGAGUUUGAUCCGGGCUCUGGUGGCUUGGAGCUGGGUGGCGGCGGUGUGUGUCCGCGCUGCCAUGGACGAAUGUUCGGACGAGCAGGGCCGACCGCAGCGCUGCAUGCCCGAGUUUGUCAACGCCGCGUUCAACGUGACGGUGGUGGCGACCAACACCUGCGGCUCUCCGCCCGAGGAGUACUGCGUCCAGACGGGCGCCACCGGCGUCACCAAGUCUUGCCACAUCUGCGACGCCCGGGACCCCCGGAACCACCACAGCGCCGUGUACCUGACCGACUACAACCAGCAGCAGGACACCACCUGGUGGCAGAGCCAGACCAUGCUGGCGGGCAUCCAGUACCCGAACUCCAUCAACCUCACCCUGCACCUCGGUAAAGCCUUCGACAUCACCUACGUCCGGCUUAAGUUCCACACCAGCCGGCCAGAGAGCUUCGUCAUCUACAAGCGCAGCAGCGAGGACGCCCCCUGGGUUCCCUACCAGUACUACAGCGGCUCCUGCGAGAAAACCUACCAGAAGGCAAGUCGCGGCUUCAUCCGGACCGGCGAGGACGAGCAGCAUGCGCUCUGCACCGACGACUUCAGCGACAUCUCCCCGCUCACCGGCGGCAACGUGGCGUUUUCCACGCUGGAGGGCCGACCGAGCGCCUACAACUUUGACCACAGCCCCAUCCUCCAGGACUGGGUGACGUCCACAGACAUCAGAGUGACCCUGAACAGGCUCAACACGUUCGGAGAUGAAGUUUUCAAUGACCCCAAGGUCCUCAAGUCGUACUACUACGCCAUCUCUGACUUUGCUGUGGGUGGAAGGUGUAAGUGUAACGGCCAUGCCAGCAAGUGUAUGAAGAACGGUGGAGGACGUCUGGUGUGUGAAUGCAAACACAACACGGAAGGCGACGACUGCAACGUGUGCAAACCGUUCUUCAACGACCGGCCAUGGAGGAGGGCGACGGCUGACAACGCCAACGAGUGUCUGCCUUGCAACUGUAACGGGAAAAGCUCAGAGUGUUACUUCGAUGCAGAGUUGUAUCGGGCCACCGGACACGGAGGUCACUGCAGGAACUGCGCUGACAACACUGACGGCCCAAACUGUGAGCGUUGCCUCGACAACUACUACAGGGACCAGAGCGGCAGCCGCUGCCUUCCCUGCAGCUGCAACACUGUCGGCUCUGAGUCUCCUCAGUGCGACAACAGAGGAGUGUGUGCUUGUAAACCAGGAGUGACUGGAGAGAAGUGCGACCGAUGCCAGCCGGGAUUUCACAGUCUGACGGAGGCCGGCUGCAGGCCUUGUUCCUGCUCACCGUCCGGCAGCACUCAAGAGUGUGACGUCAACACUGGUCAGUGUCGCUGUAAAGACAACGUGGAGGGCUUCAGCUGUGACAGGUGCAAACUGGGCUACUUCAACCUGGACCCCAACAAUCCUCAGGGCUGCACCCCGUGCUUCUGCUUCCAGCACUCGUCUGUGUGUGACAGCGCCGAAGGCUUCAGUGUCCACACCAUCACUUCGUCCUUCUACAGAGAUGAUGAACAGUGGACAGCUCAGCAGCGUGAUGGAUCCAGCGUCUCAGUCCAGUGGUCUCCCAGCGGACAGGAAAUCUCCCUCAUCUCAGACGACUACUUCCCCAUGUACUUUGUCGCUCCAGAGAAGUUCUUGGGGACCCAGCUGCUGAGUUAUGGACAGAAUCUGACCCUGAACUUCCGGGUUGACCGGCGAGAUACCCGUCUGUCGGCCGAGGACCUGGUUCUGGAGGGAGCUGACCUGCGGGUUGCCGUCCCCCUCAUCGCCCAGGGCAAUGCCUACCCCAAUGAGAACAUGCAAACCUAUGUGUUCAGGCUCCAUGAUAGUACUGACUACCCCUGGAGGCCGUCUAUUAGUCACUCCGACUUCCAGAAACUUCUGCACAACCUGACGGCCAUCAAGAUCCGCGGCACCUACAGCGAGAGGAGUGCUGGUUACCUGGAUGAUGUCUCCUUGGUGACGGCCAGGCGGGGUCCAGGUCAGCCAGCCCGCUGGGUGGAGCAGUGCACCUGCCCUCAGGGUUACCAGGGGCAACACUGUGAGCAGUGCACUCUGGGAUACCGCCGUGCCCAACCUGAGCUCGCCGCGUUCAGCUCCUGUGAGCCCUGCAACUGCAAUGGACACAGCGACGCCUGCAACCCAGACACUGGUGCGUGCGACUGUCAAGACAACACGGCCGGGUUGAGCUGCGAGCGCUGUAAGGAUGGUUUCUACGGCGACGCCACCCAAGGGACGUCAGGUGACUGUCAGCCAUGUCCCUGUCCGGCUGGAGCCACCUGCGCCGUCGUCCCAAAGACCAGGGAGGUGGUUUGUACCAACUGUCCUGCUGGAACCACAGGUAAGCGCUGUGAGCUCUGCGACGACGGCUUUUUUGGUGAUCCGCUGGGUCAGAGCGGCCCGGUCCGGGCCUGCCGGGCCUGCAAGUGCAGCGACAACAUCGACCCCAACGCUGUGGGCAACUGCAACCGCGAGACCGGAGAGUGUCUCAAGUGUAUCUACAACACCGACGGCUUCUUCUGCGACCGCUGCAAGGAGGGUUUCUAUGGCAACGCUCUGGCUGCCAACCCUGCUGACAAAUGCAAAUCUUGUUCCUGUUCUCCGUUGGGGACGGUGGAUCAACAGACCGGCUGUUCUCAAGUCACCGGUCAGUGCCAAUGUCUUCCCAACGUGGCCGAACGCGACUGCAGUGCCUGUCAGCCCGGAUUCUUCAACCUGCAGAGUGGCAACGGCUGCGAGCGAUGUAACUGUAAUCCUAUUGGCUCCACCAACGGUCAAUGUGACAUCACCAGUGGUCAGUGCGAGUGUCAGCCGGGCGUCAGCGGACUCCACUGCGAACGCUGCGAAGUCAACUUCUUCGGCUUCAGCUCAUCUGGAUGCAAACCCUGCGACUGUGACCCUGAAGGCUCCCAGUCAGGUCAGUGUAAGGAGGACGGCCGCUGUGAGUGUCGGGCUGGCUUCGUCGGAGCUCGCUGCGACAUGUGCGAAGAGAAUUACUUCUACAACCGCUCAGCACCAGGCUGCCAGCAGUGUCCUUCCUGCUACAGUCUGGUCCGGGACAAGGUAAACCAGCAGAGGCAGAAGCUUCACGACCUGCAGACUCUGAUCGACAACCUCGGCUCAGGCCAGGAGACUGUCAGCGAUAAGGCCUUUGAGGAUCGGCUGAAGGAGGCAGAGCGAGCCAUCAUGGAGCUGCUGGAGGAGGCUCAGACCAGCAAAGAUGUUGACCGCGGCCUGCUGGACCGUCUGAACGGCAUCAACAGCACUCUGACCACACAGUGGAACCGCCUGCAGAGCAUCCGCAACACAGUGGACGACACCGGAACGCAGGCCGACCAGGCCCGCAGCCGAGUCCGAGACGCCGAGAGCCUGAUCGACCGAGCCCGGCAGGAGCUGGACAAGGCCAAGGACGCCAUCGGCAAAGUGGACAUUAAGCCUCCCGGUGGCGGCACAGAACCCAACAACAUGACGCUGCUGGCUGAGGAGGCUCGAAACCUGGCCAACAAGCACAAGAUGGACGCCGACCAAAUUGAGAAAAUCGCCAAAGACGCCAACGACACAUCAACCAAAGCGCACAACCUGCUGCUGAAAACUCUGGACGGAGAAAGCAAGACGAGCCAGGAGAUCGAAGACCUCAACAAGAAAUACAACGAGGCGAAAGAACUGGCCAAGAAUCUGGAGAAACAGGCCAACAAGGUUCAAGCCGAGGCCCAAGACGCCGGAGACAAAGCUCUGAAGCUGUUCGCCAACCUGACCAGCCUCCCAACGUUUGACACCAAGGCUCUCGAGGAUGAAGCCAGUAAGAUCAAGAAGGAGGCUUCGGAUCUGGACAAGCUGAUUGAUAAGACGGAGAAGGAGUACAAUGACCUGAGAGACGACCUGAAGGCCAAAGAGCAGGAAGUCCGCAACCUGCUGGAGAAAGGAAAAACUGAGCAGCAGACUGCAGACCAGCUGUUGGCUCGAGCUGACGCUGCCAAAGCUCUGGCCGAGGAGGCUGCGAAAAAAGGCCAGUCAACAUUCAGGGAGGCCGAGAGCAUCCUGGACGACCUGAGAGACUUUGACAAGAGAGUGAACGACAACAAGACGGCAGCGGAGGAAGCCAUGAAGAAGAUUCCCAUCAUCAACGGCACCAUCAUGGCCGCCAACGAGAAGACGAGACAGGCGGAGGCGGCACUCGGAAACGCUGCCGCCGACGCCCGAGAGGCCAAGAACAAGGCGGAGGAGGCGGAGCGGAUCGCCAGCAAUGUGCAGAAGGGAUCCGCUAAGACCAAAGAAGAUGCAGAGUCGGCCUAUAAAGACACCAACAAGCUUGACAACGAAGUCAACGAUAUGAUGGAGCAGCUGAGCGCCGCCGAGCAGGAACUGCAGAAGAAGAAGAACGAAGCCGACCAGGAUAUGAUGAUGGCGGGAAUGGCAUCGGAUAACGCAAAGGAGGCCGAGGAUAACGCCCGCAAAGCCAAGAGCACCGUGAAGACGGUUCUGAAGAUCAUCACAGCUCUGAUGGAUCAGCUCGGAAACAUUGACAAAGUGGACCUGAGCAAACUGAACCAGAUCGACGAGUCGCUGAAGAGGGCCAAGGGCAAGAUGACCGACAGCGAUCUGGACAAGAAGCUGGCUGAGCUGAACGACGUGGCGAAAACCCAGGAGGAUAUGAUCAAGGACUACGACCAGCAGAUCCGCGAGAUCCGUGCAGACAUCGCCAACCUAAAUGACAUCAAGAACACGCUACCCGAAGGCUGCUUUAACACGCCGUCUCUGGAGAGGCCUUAGCCCCGCCAAUCUCCUCCUAAGCCCCGCCCCCACACUCCCCGUCUCACAUCUAACACUCCGGCGAACACGCUGAUUUUUACCAAAACAGUUUUUUAAACUUUUUCAGAAUCUUGUCUUUGUUUUUCUUUUGCGAGAGAGAAGCCAACAUUUCACAGUGUUCAGCGAAGAGAAGCAGCUGUUUUUGUUGUGUCUUUAGGUUGUUUUUUUUUUGAGACGCAGUGGUUUCGGAAGAAUGAACUCAGCGGCGCCAAGAAGUCGUGCAGCGAGGUGAAGAACCUUGGAGAAAACAAAACAAACCCGACGUGACUGCAGCCGUCUGCUCUGAUGCAGAAACACACAGGAAGCUUCCAGCCAGCCCAGCGACACGCCAGCUACAGUUUCAGCUCCAAACUGUUUCAACGCCUCCAGCGGUGGUGUCUUUUCCAUUCACAUCAGCCAUGAUUUCAGAACACAGUGAAGGAAUCCUCUCUUUUUUGAUUUUCUUCUUUUUUUUUACCCAGAGCUACGUGUCGACUCAAACAGCAGCAGAAUCUCCUCCUUCCUACGACAGUAUUUUCACCUCCAGCAGGUGGCGUUGUUGAGUAAAGCCACACAAACUCUUCUGCUGCACACGAAGCCUCCGAGUCCGAAAAUAACCUGAGAUAAACACGUUGAGUUUGAGUUAAAGCUCUUAAAUCUGGAUGUUGGGGCAACAAGAUAGUUUUCUGUGCAGCUAAAUUAAAUCUUUAAUAUCAAGAAGUUAGUUUCUAUAUCUCACAUAAAUGGUCAUCCUGUUCCCAGAGAUACAGAUCUUUAGCUAUGGAUCUCGUGGAAACGCAAAAUAAAAUCUUGAUGUUAUUAAGAUAUCAGAGCCACAACAUCAUGUUUGUUGGUGCAAAACAUUUUGUAUAAGCACAGAGAUGAAACCAUCCAUCUUUGUUAGAACAGUUUAUUGUCUUGUGUCAGAUGUGAUCCUGGGUUUGGAUUUUGCAUGAACAAGUCCUGGAUCUUGUGGGAACAAAUUCUAUCAAGAAACUGUCUUGUUCCCAAAAUAUAAUCUUUAUUAUUCUCAAGACACAAAUGAAAGCUUUAGGGCAAAUUCAUUUCUUGUUUUGAGGAGAUCUGGAUCUUCUGUGCGCAAGGUCUGGAUCUUGUGGGAACCAGAUAGCAAUUUGUGCACGAAAGGUUUUGUCUUGUCUCCACAAGAUCUACAUCUUCUGCGAACUUGUUAUCAUGUUGUGUAGAGAAGAUAUCUUUGCAGUAAGUUCCCACACAUUCAAUGUUUAAAGGAACAAGAUCAAGUCUUUUGCACAAAAGUUCUAUAUUGUUCCCAGGAGUUCUGGAUCUUUGGUUUGGGUCUUGUGGGAACCAGAUAGUAACAUGUGCACACAAGGUUUAAUCUUGUUUCUGGCAGUAAGUUCCCAGAAAUAUAAAGUUUUAGGAAACAAGAUCAAGUCUUCUACAUACAAGUAAUGUCUUGUUACCCACAGAUCUGGAUCUUGGGUUUGGAUUUUGUGGGAACAAGUUAACAACUUGUGCACACAAGGUUUUGUCUUUUCCACAAGAUCCACAUCUUCUGCAAGCAUAUUAUGCUGCAUCCAAAAGAUGUCUGCAAUAAAUUCCCAGUGAUCCAAAAUUAAAGGGAAGAAGAUUAAAUCUUCUGUAUACAAGUUCCAGUCUGUUCCAGGAGAUCUGGAUCAGGUUACUUGUCUGUGGAAAGUGUUUUCUUUAGAUUAUUAGGAUGCAAAAUUAUCUUCUCAUGCACACAAGGUUUUGACUUGUUUCCACAAGAGCCACAUCUUCUGCAAGUGUAUUAUGCUGGACAGAGAUGUCACUGAAAUCUGAAAUUUAAGGGAACAAAUCUUCAGCAAACAAAUUCUGAUCUGAUUCCCAGGAGAUCUGGAUCUAGUUUCCUGUAAAGAUAAUAUCUGUAAAAUAUAGGAUACAAGAUUUUAUUGUAUGUGUCCGAUAUGAUUUUGUUCCCUUAAACUUUUGAUCUUGAGAUAUACCAGUUGUCAUCUUGUUCCCAUAGAUGUCGAUCUUGAGUUUGGAUUUUGUGCCAGAAAUCUUUCGUUUCUGGGAACAAAUCAAAUCUGCUGCACACAAGUUAAAUCUUGUUCCCACAGUCACAUGCUAUUGCUGCACAGGUUAAAAGUAAAACCUUUCAGGACUUGGGGGCAUCUUUAAAUCAGCUCUGACAUUUCUCACCUUGAUCAGACACCAUUUCACCUUUUUUUUUUUUUUUUUUGUUAACACUACAAACUUAAUUAUUGUCUCCAGAAGUUGCUGCUUUUCACACAUUAACACUUCCUUCCAGGCUCAAUCCAACACUAUGCAACUUUGUACAUUUUGCGUAGCGAGAAUUUUAUCUGAUACACUGGUGCUAAUAAUUAUUUCAAAUGUUAUAUUUUUGUGUGAAUGUUUUUUAUUAUGACAUAGAGUGAGGAAUUUGUUAUUUUGUGUAAAUAUAUGCGUAAAUGAUUCAGGACUGGCUGAUUUCUAAGAACUAAAAACUCCAACAUGCAAACAGCCGUGUUAAGUUUGAUCACAAUCAAUCAACUGAAACCUCCAGGUUAAAUAUAUAUAAAUAUCUAUGAUAACGUCUGUGGUAUGUUAUUAUAAUAUGCUUGCUUGUAUACAAGGCUCCGUGUUGCUGCCUUAUAGCGAUGCCAAUAUUUCAUUUGUGUUUUCUUGAUUCUCUGAGUUUUCACAAGUUAAAUCAACCUAACAGAUAUAUUUUUUUUGUUUGUUUGUUUUGACCCUUUUACCGAUCAGGACAAUUUAAAGCCUCACAAGUCAUCAUGUGGUCAUUCAGUAGUUUUAUUUAGUGUUUUUGUGCCUUAAUAUAAAGUCCCUACAAGGGUGUCCGAGUUUCAUUGUCUUUGUCGGACCUCCUCCUGUCGGUACUGAAGCAGGGUUUUACAGAAAUCAGGUCCUAAACAGAAAACGUUAUGUUUUAAAAACUCUCUGGCAGAUAAACUUGGUUUAUCGGAGAGAGUCGAUGUUCACGUUGUUUUAUUUCUCCCUCCAUCCAGACGGCCACUCUGCAGACUGUGCAGCGUUCACAGACGUGAUGUAUAAACAGUAUUUUAAGUUAUAAUGUACCAGUUAUUUGUGUUGUAACCUGUUGACGUGUGAGCUGCACAGCCUGCAUCUGUUCUGUUCUGUUGUGAUUGUGUCGUGUUUCUAUCUCUGUGAGGACCUGAAUCACCCUGUUUGUUUCCACGUGCCUGUAAAUCCAAACAUAACAUUUGAAUAAUAAAAAAUUACUACAGGAAA